UUAUUAUUAAAUUCAGUCUUUAAAAAGAUUUCGCUGCAAACAAGUCAAUAAAGAAAUUAAAAUAAUUCAUAAAGAACUCAUUUUAAAAUGUUAAAAACUUUUAUAAUAUUGUUAUUAUUUGGUAUUUUAAUCACAAAGCAGCGCUUAUUUACAAACGCCAAUGAAUGUGCCUUAAAUACCGAAUGCAAACAUAUACGAGAAUGUCCACGUGUUUUAAACCAUUUUCAUUUGAUACGCAAUAAACCCUAUUGCAAUCUAAACGAAAGAGGCACCUAUGUCUGUUGCUUAAAGCCUCCCGAAAAAUAUACCCAAGAAAAGGAUGAAGACAUACGAUCUGUAAGAGAAUGCAAAGCGGUGCAACAAUAUCGUGCAUCAUGUGAAAAGUCCCUGAUUGUUAGUGGAAAAAAGGCCGAGGCCAAAGAGUUUCCAUUUAUGGCUUUACUUUUCUAUAAAAACGAAGACACAGUGAAUUAUUUAUGCGGUGGAACAUUGAUCAGUGACAAAUACGUGUUGACAGCAGCUCAUUGCUUUUUUGUUUAUAGCCCUCCCAACGUGGUGCGUUUAGGCGAAUUGGACUAUUCAACAACCACCGAUGAUGCCUCGCCCGUCGAUUAUGAAAUUAAAAAUGCCAUCACACAUCCCCAAUACUUUACCACCGACAUCCAGGAGAAAUACAAUGACAUUGCUCUGGUCGAACUCAUAAAAGAAGUAAAAUUCAACGACUACAUAAUGCCCGCUUGCCUACCCCUAUCGGAUGGACGAGAAUUUCAAGAAUAUCUGGCCGCCGGCUGGGGUAGACCCAAUGACACCACCACCGAGUUGACACCACAUUUGCUGAAAGUGAAAUUGGAUCGUUUCGAUGAUGAGACGUGCAUAAGUAAAGUUGAGCAGACAGAAGAAUUGAAAUAUGGCGUCAACAAACGCACACAAAUGUGUGCUGGUUCGUUUACCGAUACUCGCGACACUUGUAUGGGUGACUCUGGUGGUCCCUUGUUUGUUGAUCAUCCCGAUUAUAAGUGUUUGUUUUUGGUUGUGGGUAUAACAUCGUUUUCGCAUGGCGGUUGCGGUAAUGUGGGUCAUCCAGCGGUUUAUACAAGAAUUCAAUUGUAUUUGGAUUGGAUUGAGAAAAUUGUAUGGAAGGAGGCAGCUAAGUUGUCGUGAAUAUAUUCAUCAAAUAUAAUCGUUUGUACUCAAAAUUAUAAACUUAGAAAAUGUUAAUAAAUUCAAAUUAAAUGCAAAAUACAA